AUGUUUUUCUUCAAUUUACGCAGGAAAAAAUCGGGGAAAUCAAAUAGCACAAGGAGGAAGAAGCAAAAAGAAGAGACAGAGUCAGAUACAGAAGAAGAGACAGAGGCAGAUACAGAAGAAGAGACAGAGGCAGAUACGGAAGAAGAGACAGAGGCAGAUAGAGAAGAAGAGGAAGAUUCAGGUACAGAAGAAGUGGAAGAUUCAGAUGCAGAAGAAGAGGGAGAUUCAAAUGCAGAAGAAGAGGGAGAUUCAGAUGAGGAAGAAGAGGAGGAAUCAGAUGCAGAAGAUGGUGGGCUGAGGAGGGCUAGAAAAAGAGACCAUUGGAGGAAACGCAAGGGCGCUCCAAAUGUCAAUGCUGGGAGGACGAAAAAGAACGAUGACAAGGGUGCGAAAGGCUCUAGUAAGGGUGGUAAAGAACAGGCCAAAGGGGUGAUUAAGACAAAAAGGCCUGCUAAGAAUGUAUCACGGGCUGAGCGAAUAAGAGCUGUCAAGUUAGCUUCUGUAGCUAUGAAGAGAAAAUCAGUGAAGAAAGCUAAAGUGAAGUCGAGACAGGAUGUUUAG